UUUACAACCAUCAGUUCUGACCAUGAGCGAUUGUUAGAGUUGGCAAACUAGACAAAAUCUUCACUGCACUUAUCCUCUGUUUAAGGACUUUGGCUUUAAUUUUGACAUGGCAGAACCGCAGCAACAACAGCUGGUUGACAUCGACCCGGAUUUCGAGCCUCUCUCCCGGCCGCGAUCAUGCACCUGGCCACUGCACCGACCGGAAUCUAGCGAGCCGGGGAGCUCGAACACGUCCUCCCCGGCACCGUCCGUCACGCCGGAGCAAGGCAUCGUGGACUUUAUCAACAGCCUAAGUUUACUAGAAGAGACCGAGGACUACCCGGAGGAGAAACCCGUCCUUUUGAACGACUUUCACUGCCAGGACAACUGCGUUCAUCCCCAGCAGCCGAAUCCCCAGCUGACUCACCCGCAACAGGUGCCGCCGCUCCCCGCCCCUGCCAGCAGCUCCAGCCCUGCAGCGGCCCAGAGGAAGAGCAGCUCGUCUCGCAGGAACGCGUGGGGGAAUAUGUCAUACGCUGACCUCAUCACCAAGGCGAUCGAGAGCUCCCCUGAGAAGCGACUCACCCUGUCUCAGAUCUACGAGUGGAUGGUGAAGAGCGUCCCUUACUUCAAAGAUAAGGGCGACAGCAACAGCUCAGCCGGCUGGAAGAACUCAAUCAGACACAAUCUGUCCUUGCACAGUCGUUUUGUGCGCGUCCAGAAUGAAGGAACGGGGAAGAGCUCAUGGUGGAUGCUGAACCCUGAGGGGGGAAAGAGCGGCAAGUCUCCACGCCGGAGAGCCACUUCCAUGGACAACAACAGCAAGUUCACAAAGAGCCGUGGACGAGCAGCCAAGAAAAAGAUGUCGUUGCAGAGUGGACUGGAUGGUGGUUCUAACAGUCCUGGUUCUCAGUACCCAAAAUGGCUCGGCAGCCCCAACUCUCACAGCAAUGAUGACUUUGAACCCUGGACCACCUUUCGUACCCGUGCUAGCUCUGAUGCCAGUACGCUCAGUGGCCGACACUCACCCUUCCUACCUGAGGAGGACGAGGCCGGUGAGGUUCCCAUCGGGUACCCGGGCACCAAACUGGGCGGCCCCCUCCCCAGCCUGUCUGAAGUGACGGGUCACCACGGUUCCGAGAACGUGAUGAUGGACAAUCUCUUAGACAACCUCAACCUCAUUUCACCCAAAAAUAACACCCAGGGCAGCCAAGAUGCCAAAACUGCGCUGUCUUCUCCCAUGAUGCAGGGUAGCCCUGGGUACCCGUCUUACAACUCGCCCAGUAUGGGUCCUCAGCCCCAAGUCCAGCAGGACUACCGGAAGUGCCUGUAUGUACAGGCCGGGGUGGGCGGACUGAGUCCCAUUGCCAUACCGACUUUAUCAGACAGUCAACCAGGAGGCUACGGCCCCUUCGUGAGUCAGUACAACUGUGCUGCAGGUCUGCUCAAAGAGCUUCUGAGCGCAGAUGCCGAUCCGAGAGGGCACAUGAUGCAGUCUUUAGAGUCAGUGGGGUCUGGAGAAGGGCGACAGGUGCUACCUAGCUAUGCUAGUCUGGGACAAAUGGGACAGGGGGGCAAAAUGAUCACGCAUCCUCACCUGCACACGCACCCGCGCUCGCUUCAUCAGUUGCCUUCGCCAGCAAUGGGCAUGAAUGGCUGUGCCCUUUUACCCCACGGGCAUCCUGUUCGCCUCGGUAACAUGAAGCUACAACCACACCUGCCUCAUCACGCUCAACUGGGAAGAGGCGGAGCCGGAUGCGAAGCCGGGAUGCCGAAUUACACCAAUGGCAAUGGUUUCCACAGGCACGGACUGGGUCCUCACCACCAUCACAGCCACCCGGAGCGGCUGCCCAGUGACUUAGAUGACAUGUCGAUCGAGCAGCUGGAGUGUGAUGUAGAAACCGUCCUUCACGACACGCUCAUGGAUGGCGAUGCUCUGGACUUCAACUUCGACCCCAUGAGCAGUCAACAGAGUUUCCCACACGGGGUCAAAACCAACACGCAUAGCUGGGUAUCUGGAUAAACACGUUAUCUAUUCAAAAACACAUACAGAUUGGUGAGGCAGGAUGUUUAUGAUCAUAUGAUAUGAAUUAAUCAUAACAAAUGUGUGUGAAUAUGUAUGUAAAUAUGUCAUAGACAUAAGCAGAAAGCUGAAUGCUGUAGGUCACACCAAAAGGCUACACAUACAAGAGAGAUUUGAACAUUACAUUUCCUUCUCAUCUGCAAGGACUUAUUGAAAGUGUAAAAUAAAACAAAAGUAAAAUACAUAAAUAGGUUUUUGGCAUCAUUGAAGCCCAUCUCCGCAUGAUUGCAACUUUAUUUCCCAUUAUUGUGUCUGUCUUGCAAUUCUGUCUUUAUUUCUCACAAUUGCGCCUUUUUUAUAGAUUAGAAUACAUAUCUCGCAAUUCCAAUUUUAUUUCUCCCAAAUCUGAAUUUAUUUCUCACAAUUGCGACUCUAUUUCUCAUUGUCAAAUGAAAUGCCUGUUAGUGCCGCAUGCCCCACCACCUACUUUAUUUCUCAUAGUUGUGACUGUAUAUCUAGAAAUUCCAUUGUAUAUACAAAAACAUUGUAUAUCUCAUAUAAAAUAGAAAAAUUACUGACAUGACAGAUUUAGUUUACCAUUACCGUUUUCUCUAUUCUCUCUCUCUGAAGAGUGUGCAUGCACCUCAUGAACUGUUUACCUCAGUCAGAACUUCUGCAACCAAUCUGCAGAGGCCAGUGAAUGGUCAUUUUUUACUGAUUUACAGUACAUUGUUCCAGUAGACUCCUUGAUUGUCGGGAAUCAUCAUAAUCUUCUUUUGUUUGUGGUUAGUUAGAACGUAAAUAUUGAAACCGUUUCAUCUAAAAUAGUCUUGUCAAACACUCAGACAUUUGAGAAUGUUUUGUAUAUUUUUUGUCUAUUUGGUCUGUCAGUUUGGCACUGUAUGUCACUGAAAUAAAUUCAGGGCAUAUGUGUGUGUCAUAUUAACUGAAGUGCUGUGUAAUGGUGUAGUGUACAUUACGGUUAUCUUUGUCAUUUCAGGGUGCUGAAUGAAUGUGUUUUGUACAGAGAUGUAUAUUUUUGUUGUACUGAUGGGAUGGUUAAUGAAAUCUUUAUAUUUGUAAGCUUCUUACAGAUGAUUUAAAUGCUCUUUAAUAACCCCUCCCAGCCUUUAAAUGUCUAAAAAAAAAUCAUUUUAUUGUGGCCUUGUUUGCUGUACAUAUAACAUUGAUUUUCUCAAACUGCUGGAUGAAAUUCUUUAAUUGUACAUGAUUAUGUGUACUUUGUGCCUUCCCCUCUUACAACCUGGCAUUUGAUUGAUGUGAUGAUUUUUCAUCAAUUUCUGAUUUAAAAUCCAUUUUUAUUUAUUUUUUUAUUUUUUUAAUGAAUAAAAAAAAAAUGUCAGAGUGGUAAAACCGUCCUGAGAUAAUCACAAAAAGUCUUAAUAUUAAAAGGCCAUUUAAUUAAAAGUAUAACCCCAAGAAAACUUCAUGAUAUUCAUGAUUCAAAUAUUAAUUUUUUUUUAAAUAAUAAUAAUAAUAAUUUUUACCUUGGAAAAUAUAUUUGAAAACUUUUUUUUUAUAUAUAUAUAUUAUUUACUUUCCUCCUCCCCAGUUAACCAUAAUGGCAAAAUGGAACAAAUUUAAAAUGAGCUAUGCUGAGAUUCUAGAAUUCUCAUAAAAGGUCACUGGAGGCCACACUUUACUAAAGACUAAUUUUUCAUCUGUCUUACAAUUAUUUGAUAAUUUUGUGUAAUUUAAGAUUUUUUUGUGUUCUUUUCUUAAUAUUCUACAUGCGCGCGCGCACACACACACACAUUCAUUGUAAAUGAACAUUUACAAAAUAUUUAAUGCUUUGAGAUUUCUAACGUGAGAUUUUCUAUUUAAGCAGUACCAUGAAGGUUUGUAAAUUAAAAAGAAUUUUAAACAUAUGCAUAUAUUUUUGACAGAUAUAAAACAACAAUCUGCAUUUUGUAGUACUUUCAGACUGUCUAUGAAUAUCAAGUAUGCUUUUGUUUGUGUCUGUUGUCAAAUAUCUGUAUAUAAUUAUCAUUAAGUGUCACUGACUUUAAGUUUGUGAAGGCUUUUUUUUUUUUGUAUUUGAUUCUCUUGACGUGUAAAUAGCAUUGAUUUUGUCUUAUUUAAUAAUCACAAAUGUCAUUUGUUUUGACUCUAAUUUCUUAAUGGAUGAAUUUGUCUCAAAUGUGUUGAAGUUGUUGGUUUGUUUUGUUUUUUUUGGCUGAUUUUAAUGUUGUCUGACGUGACCUAAUUGAGAUGGGAGAUUUAUUCCCACUGUAGCCAAUUAUACAUUAGAAACAUACACUCAUCGUACAGUCCUUGUCAGAACCACAUGCUUUUAUAGACUAGUUCUACAUGGAGGAAGUGCCUAUUAAUAUUGUAAUGUAAACAGCGAUGAAGAAUUGAUUUUAAUUUAACAAAAAGAAAAUUGCAGCGGUUAUAUGAAGCCAUAAUUGUAUAUAAAGGUAUGAAUAUAUGAA